UAGAUAAUUGACAAAAUGGUGGUUAAAAUUAUCAUCAUCGGAGCUGGAGUUGGUGGUAUAGCAGCAGCUGCUAGACUUAGCAAAAAAGGAUUUCAAGUAGAAAUUUAUGAAAAAAACGCAUAUAAUGGUGAAAGAUGUUCACUCAUUUAUCAAAAUGGACAUCGGUUCGAUCAAGGACCAUCAUUGUAUUUGAUGCCCAAGAUAUUUGAAGAGACAUUUGAAGAUUUGGGAGAGGAUAUUAAAAAUCAUAUAGAGUUAUUAAAGUGUCCAUCUAAUUACAGCGUACAUUUUCAUGACGGCGAAACAUUCGAACUCACCACAGAUAUAUCGAAAUUAUCUCGUUCUUUGGAAAAAUAUGAAGGUGAUGGUGAAUCGACAUUAAUUAAUUUUUUGAGUUAUUUAAAGGAAACUCAUGUACACUAUCAAAGGAGCGUCAAAGUUGCACUUAAGACCGAUUUCCAACAUUGGUAUGAUUUUUUUAAUCCAAAACAUAUACCGGACGUAAUACAGCUGCAUUUAUUGGACACUGUUUACAACAGAGUUUGUAAAUAUUUCAAAAGCGACUACAUGAGAAAGGCGUUUUCAUUCCAGACAAUGUACUUAGGAAUGUCGCCGUAUGAUGGUUUGGCACCCUAUACUUUAUUGCAGUACACUGAAAUAGCGGAAGGAAUUUGGUAUCCGAAAGGUGGUUUUAACAAAGUUUUACAGAGUCUGGAAAACAUUGCCGUACAACACGGGGCCAAGUUCAAUUAUAACACCGAUGUCCAAGAAAUAAUAGUUGACGACAAGGGAGUGGCGAAAGGAAUUAAAUUGGUAAACGGCGAUGUAGUAAAUAGUGACAUUGUAAUUUGUAAUGCAGAUCUCAUAUAUGCGUACAACAAACUGUUGCCAAAAACGUCAUACGCUGAAAAACUCGGCAAAAAAGAACUUACGUCUUCUUCGAUAUCGUUUUAUUGGUCCAUGAAAACUAUUGUGUCUGAAUUGAAAGUACACAACAUAUUUUUGGCCGAAAAAUAUAAACUAAGUUUUGAUCAAAUAUUCAAGGAUCAUACGCUGCCCGACGAACCAUCGUUUUACGUAAACGUACCUAGUCGCAUCGAUCCGACAGCAGCGCCAGAAGGAAAAGACACGGUCGUAGUUUUAGUACCAGUGGGACAUAUAUCGAAUGUGCCAAAUAUUGAUUUUGAUCAACUUGUGAAGAGAGCUAGGGAACAAGUAAUCGAAACAAUAGAAAAAAGAUUAAAAAUAUCCAACUUCAGAAAUUUGAUCGAACACGAGAUAGUAAAUGAUCCGAGAACGUGGCAAAACGAAUUUAAUUUAUGGAAAGGAUCUAUACUGGGAUUAUCUCAUUCAUUAUUUCAGGUUUUAUGGUUCAGACCCAGUUUGAAAUGUAAAAUAUUUGAAAACCUGUACUUUGUCGGUGCUUCGGUACAGCCUGGCACUGGUGUACCAAUUGUUUUAUGUGGUGCAAAAAUGCUAGAAAAACAACUGUGUGAUAGAUUUUUAGAGGGUAAAGUUGAAAUCAACAUUUGGUCAAAGUGUGUUUCAUUUUUAAUCGGUCUCGUAGCACUUCUGAUUUUUUGGUUUUUAGGUUAGUAGUAAUCAUAAUACUCUCUAUCUCCUCCACAAACUGCAUUAGCUUACAGAAGGUAGGUUAAUCAAAUCUGUCACUAAUCUUAA